CUGCCAGUCUUGGAACGCGAUAGUGGUCCACAACACUUCCUAGUUCUAUCGUCAUGCAGACAAUCCGACCUCUUGACGAACCCACUCAAGCAGUCAAUGACAACCGACCUGAGCUACACUUGCGAAGCAUCGAUGCCUGGCCGUGGCGAUGUCGGUGGACGCCUGGAUGCGACCUUGCUCGGUAUCCCGCGCGAGAUGCGAGAUAUGAUAUAUGCAUUUCUACUAGAUGAGAAGCGACAGCGUCCUAUGGAUCCUGGACACGCUGGUCCUCGCAAUCCCAAUUCACCGAUAUCAGGACAGACCAUUCAUUUCGAGGCCAAGUCGCCAAAACCAGCUUUGCUACGAUUAAAGCUGUGCUGCAAACAGAUUCUAGCAGAGCUUCGAGAUACCCUAAGGCAGCACUGUCUCGAUGUGGGCGCUGGUCAGGCGCGCCUCGAUAUCAUGGUUAAGGGCUCGUCUAUCUGGCCAACCUGGCUUUCUCUGCCUGUGACGCCACAGAUCAAUCCCAUCAUCCAGGUCGACCUGCGCAUCUUCGAGGUGACCGGGUUCGGCAACGAGUUCAGCACUGGAGCAUAUCGGGCGUUAUGGUCAUUGUUCAACCUACUAGUAUUCAACGGGCCGUGCUUCAUUUACAGCAGGGAGCUUCGGCGGCCUCUCGCCAUUGAGCGUCUGCGCUUCGACAUCAUGAUGUGCUUUCCCACCUCCGUGGACGAUCUGUUCGGAACAUAUAAGGAUGUCUUUAAUCGACUGGAGAGGCUGGCUUAUGAUAAUGUCGGCCUGGGUCAUAUAAGCUCCAUCGAAGCAUCAGCUGCCUACAGGACUUACAUUUGCAAGUCGACAGUGAGGAAGUUCUCUUUCUGGGAUGGUCUGGAGCUCAACAUAUCUAGGAGAAGCUCUUUGCCUGAGGCCGAGGCUGUUUUGCAGGGUCAUCUGUCGCGAGGCCCAAUGUAUCAUGAGGCUCGCGCGGAAUUCAUGUCGCUCUUGUUCAUGGGCUACUUCAUGCUUAUCUUCUAUCUACCACUCCAUAUGCAGGCCUCGGCCAGCUUGCUAUCUAUCUACCCAUCAAAUCCCACGCCAUAA